AUGUCUCCAGAGCUCGAUAUAAUGGUCGUACAGGGGCUGGAAGAUCAAGACACCAUUUCGCCACGUCAACCCGAAAGCUAUUCCAAUACAGAGAGGCGGUCAGACUCAAUCCAUCAAGUGGAAAAUAUACGUGGGAAUUUUGUUCCCACCACCCCAGCCUCUCUCCAGAGACCGACUUCCGCUGCUGUGCCCAUGCCAGAUGCUGAGCAUUCUGCCUUUGAGAAAGAGUUAUUCGAUCAAUACUUCACCACAUUAGAGCAAGACAAUGAUAUUUUCAGCCGUGCUCUGCAACAACACGGCGCAGUUUCACCAAUGGAAGACGAAGGCGCAACUAUCGAUAUAUCAAAUUCUAUAGACGGAAAAUCCUCUCUCGAAGACACCUUCACGUUCAGUACCCACGACUCGCCCCCCUUUCCGGGGUCCCUCAACUCUCUCCCACAAACCAUGACAUUCCCGAGCACAAGCUCUCGCGGCUCUGGGAAAAACUGCAAUCGUAGCCGCUGCGCCUCCAUAGACCCGUACGUCGAAUCCGACUCGACCCCUUACAGCUGCCAGUGCACCAUGUCUGCGCUCAAGAUUCUUGAAAUGCUUUCCAGCCAAUUCAAGCCCGCCGAGGGUCUACAAUGCCAGUCGCUGGUUCAAUGCUCGGCUUCUGGGAGAGACUCUGGGGUUGAUUUGCUUGUCAUCGCGCUGUGUGAAAAGAUGACGGCAAUCUUCGAGAAGAUCUCAGCAAGCUGGGAACGCCAAUUACAAGCAGCCGCGCGCAUGAAGCAAAAAAAGCCGGGCGUCGCGGCUGGAGUCAGCGAGGCAGACCCCGCAACGCAGAAUGAUUUUAGGCACUCUCAGUACUCACGGGUAACCACAGGGGGGUAUCAAAUAGAUACCAUAGAAGAGCGGCACAUGGUGUUUGGGUUGCUGUUUCAGCUGCAGUUGAAGCGGCUGAGUGACAUAAUGACAACUCUGCGGAAGAAUGCCAUGGCUAAUGAUUUGGAGUCGCAUCUGGCUAUAUUGAUGCCUACAAAUCAGAAGGUCAUGGAUUUGAAGGCGGCGCUAGGUAAAAUUACGAUUCACACUCAAUGUGGUACCUGCCUUGCUCUCACUUCCUAA